CGGGAGCCGGAGCCGACGACGGAACGGACGGAAAACGUUACGGCGCAUGCGCAGAAGCGGCGCGCCUGCUUUUCCGGACGGGGAAAUCUGAGUGUCCGGUUUGUUUAUGUAGACCCGAGUGAUGGAAUUCUUUCUUUUUUGGUCGGUGCCACUCGGAAUUGGAUGAAGAUCACUUUCGACGGGAUCGCCGAACGACCCGCGCGUUGUCCGGCGACAGCACCGGUGCUUGGUUUUGAUGUGUGUAGACGCCAGAGAGCAUGAGACGCGGAGACGGUGCUCGUUUCGACAUUAGGCCUAGCGCCUCGCUGUGUUGUGCCCCGGAGAAAUACUACAAGUGUGCGCCGUCACCGCCGUCGAAAUGAUGUCCAAGCAGGAGUCAAAGUCACACACAGGCUCGAACCAAGUCAGAAAGGAGUACAGCUCGUGGAGCCAGGCCAUCUAUGACGCGGUGCUGACCGCCGAUGACAACGGAAAUUUGAACUUGACCGUCGACGGUGGCUCCGACCGGGGCGAGUUCGCUUACUUUAGUUGUGUUAAUUUCGAUAAAGUGAAUUUCCUGAGCGGCCGAAUCGAAGACGGCGACACGAUCUUGGAGAUCCAAGGACAUCGUGUGGCUGGUUACACGAGAAACGACGUGCUGUCGCUACUCAACUACAGCGCACGAAACGACAGUGCCGUGUCAGUGCGAUGCGUCAGAGCAGGGCACCUUACCAAGGACUUGAGGCAGUACCUGAACACCCGCUUCCAGAAAGGUUCCAUCGACCAUGAUCUCCAGAACACCAUCAGGGACAACCUCUACCUGCGCACAGUGCCUUGCACAACACGGAGUCCCCGGGAGGGGGAAGUGAAUGGUGUGGACUACACUUUCCUGACACUAGAGGAGUUUGUGGCCCUUGAAAGAAGCGGGAGUCUUUUGGAGAGUGGAAUAUAUGAAGGCAACCACUACGGUACGCCCAAGCCGCAGGAGGAAGGCCUGCUGCUGCCCGGGGCGCACCCGUCCUCGGAAGGCAAGCGGCGCAGGAACCGCUCCAACGUGGAGGCCAUGACGGCCAAGUCCCAGGAGCCGGCCCCGUCGCCCAGCCCGACCCAGCUGCAGGGGCUGCAGGCCAACGGGGCCGGUCCUCCCCGAGAUGCCAGCCCCGGGGCCUUUGACCUGGAGCCGCUUCCCGCCUGCUGGGAAAAGGCCUACACCGAGGACGGCGAGCCCUACUUCAUCAACCACAACACGAACACAUCGCAGUGGCACGACCCGAGGUUAAGCAAGUCUCGGGUGUCGUAUGACGAGGAGUACGAGUUACCAUAUGGUUGGGAGAGGAUUGAUGACCCACACUACGGGACAUAUUACAUAGACCACGUUAACAGGAGAACACAGUACGAAAGCCCACUCCCCCAUCUGAAGCUGCAAACCUCACCUGGUUCACCAGGCUCUGGUGCGAGUGCAGUACAAGGUAACGGCAGUGUCGGCGGGGGCGGCGGCUGCAUCUCUCCGGGCAGCGGCCAGCUGGCGGCGGCCAGUCCGCAAGGCUCCCAGUCAUCCCAACAGCAGUUGCUGGGAAACAGCAGCGCAUCUCAGCCCCGAGAGGCCAGCCCCAUCCCCGGUGCAUCGUCGGCAAGCCCCUCCCACCACCAUCACCACCACCAGCGGCAGCACUCCCCAACAAGCGGUGGCGCCUCCACGUCUUCCUCCGCUGUGAACAAUAACCAAGGGGCCACGCCCCCGACGACAGCUGCGCCGCCGCCUGGCUCCGAGAGGGUGCUGCCGCCACCAGCCGGUCCUUCGGCCGACCACCGCCAGGGAGGAGGAGGGUUGCUGAUGCAGCUGGGAGGCAGCCCCCAGCAGCCGCAACCCUCCGCCAACCACCGGCCUGCUGGCACCAUCACGACCACCCCCACCUCGGCCGCGGCCGCUGCCGCUGCACUGCGCACGCACCACCGGCCGCCCCCCGCCACUCCCACCACCGCACAGGACAGCCCGUCUCCUUGCGCGGUGGCGGCCCUCCCGGCCUCAGACCAUGGCUCACACGGCCGCCUGCCUUACCUGUUUACGCGGAAUCCAGCAGAGCUUCAGGGUGACAUCAUCCACACGUCACUCGUGAAGAGUGCCCGAGGCUUUGGCUUCACUAUCGUGGGUGCCGACGAAAACGACUCCGAGGAGUUUCUUCAGAUCAAGAGCAUUGUUCCCAACGGACCUGCUUGGGCCGAUGGGAAGCUGCGCACGGGCGACGUGCUGGUGUACGUCAACAGCAUCUGCGUCCUGGGCUACACCCACCAAGGUGUGGUGAGCCUGUUCCAGUCCAUACCGCCGGGCGAGAUGGUGCACCUGCAGGUGUGCAGAGGCUAUGCCCUGCCUUUCGACCCCGACGACCCGAACACCGAGAUCGUCACCACCAUGGCGGUCAUGUCUCCCGACGACCCGAUGGCACACCACCGACCCCGCCCCGAUGAUUACCAGGACAUCUACUCAAGCAAGAGCUUGGAGGACCUGGACAGCACGGAGACGCGGACGCGGCCUGCAAAGUCUAUGCCAGAUCUGAGUGGUCCGGACAGGCCACGGCCGCAAAGGCACAACAGUGCCGACCUGCUCAGUGUCGGCGGUGGAGGAGCCCCAGACAUCCUCGAUUUCUCUGGGCCCGCUUCCCCCGGCCCAGUGGGCGCCAAGCCACAGACACUGACAGUGGAGAUCGUCAAGGGAACUUCGGGCUUUGGCUUCACAAUUGCAGACAGCGCCUAUGGCCAGAAGGUGAAGAAGAUUCUGGACGAGCCGCGCUGCCGGGGCUUGCAGGAAGGGGACCUGCUGGUGGAGAUUGAGGGUCGGGACGUGCGAGGCCGCCCCCACACGGAGGUGGUGCAGGCGCUCAAGGACUGCCCCGUCGGACAGGCGGCACGCAUCACUCUGCACCGAGGCGGCUUGCGGCCAGCGCCUUCCUCGCCGGCUAAAGUCAAGGCUCGUGCUGCCAAGGUUCGUCCCUCGGAGGACUUCCUCUCGAAAGGAUCCAACUCGACCUUCUCACAUUUCGCCCUCAAAAGUUACCACUCAGAUGGUUAUGUACCAGCAUUCCAAGGCCCAUACCGGAGCAAAACGCCAACUGCCGAGCUGUACAGUACACGCGAGAAAGAAACCGUGGUGGUGAGCCGUCCCAAAACCCCGUUGGUAGACACCCGGCAUUGGACGUCGCCGUCCGCUGACACCUCAGGCAACACCAGUGCCAGGUUGGAACAGCAGACGUCUGCUCCAAGUAUGGACGAUACACCGGUGGCCGGUGCAUCGUCAGGCAGCUCUAGUCCAGCCAAGCCACCCAGGACAGGCCAAUACGGGGCCUGGUACUUUGAACCAGCGUCCCGCCAGCCGGAGUGGGCCGGUCAGAACUUCCGGGACACAACGAUCCGGCCUGGAAAUCCGAGCCAGCAGCAGCCGCAGGCACUGUCCCAGCAACAGCAGCAGCAGCAGCAGCAGUCGCCCCGGUGGUACUCUUCUGCACAAGCUGACUAUGGCACCACGUCUGUCUAUGGUGCCAAGGCAAACAGCCCUGCGUCGCAGCUGAGUAGUCCAAUUGUCGAGGAGCGACCAGCACUGUUGACGCCGACACAGAAGGACUGGUCAGGCCUGCCGGCUACGGACGGCCUCCCGCAAGGCAGGGGUUGGAGCUACAGCUCUCCCGACUACGGCUACACGAGACUGCCCAGCCAUCAGUCACCGGGGCUGCGGUCUCCACUGUCCUCGCUUACGCAGCAGCUAAACAACAGUCACGUGAGCAGCGGCAGCCCCUACUACGGCCUCUACGGUUCUUCGGCACUGGAAUCGCCAAGCUUUGCACAGGAUGGUCUGUCGGGCCGCAAGCACUCGACCUCCUUCGAGCACGAGCAGCCUGUAACGUCGGCAACGAUGCGUCUGGGAGCUGACACCCAUGCGUCUGACGCAGUGGACCUGGUGGUGACGCUUCAUCGGCAGGAAAGCGGGUUUGGCUUCCGCAUUGUGGGAGGCACAGAGGAGGGUUCUCAGCCUGUGCGCUUGCUGCGUGCGCAGGUCUCCAUUGGUCACAUAGUGCCUGGUGGAGCUGCUGACCUGGACGGCCGGCUGAUGACGGGCGACGAGAUAGUCUUUGUGGAUGGCCAGAAUGUCCUGCAUGCGUCUCACCACCACGUGGUCCAGCUCAUGGGGGCCGCUUCUCUGAAUGGAUGCGUCACGCUGGGCCUCAGGCGGAAAGCGCGCUCAUUGGUGGACUCUCCUCAUCGGUUAAACAACUGCGAAGUCACAUAUCCCUACAACGUGACUGUAAUGCGUCAUGAGAACGAAGGCUUUGGCUUUGUCAUCAUCUCAUCAGUUGGGAAAGCGGGAUCCACAAUAGGCCGCAUCAUUGAGAACAGCCCCGCGGAACGCUGUGGUCAGCUGCACGUAGGCGAUCGAAUCUUGGCUGUCAAUGGGGUCAGCAUCCUAGACAUGCACCAUGGCGAAAUUGUCAACCUCAUCAAAGUGUCUGGGCUGUCUGUUGUCCUCACCAUAGGACCACCCUUAGAUGACACCUCAAGCAAUGCAUCUGUCUCACAAAGGGGCGAGGAGGUGGGGGGCACACGUGGUCCAGAGCCCCCUGGGGGCAGCGGCGGCGGGGCUCCCAUCGACGGCGCUGGGGGGGAGUACCACAGCGUGGAGCUGCAGCGGGGGGUGCGGGGCUUUGGAUUCAGCAUCAGGGGGGGCCGGGAGUUUCACAGCAUGCCCCUUUUCGUGCUGAGGAUCGCCGACCAGGGCCCGGCCCAGCUCUCGGGAAAGCUGCAGGUUGGGGACCAGAUCCUGGAAGUGAACGGCAUCAACACGAAAAACAUGACGCAUGCCGAUGCCAUCAACAUCAUCCGACAAGGGGGCAACACUGUACGGCUCCUGGUCAAGCGGACGCGAAAAGUGCCAUCGCCACUUGUUGUGGAGAGCCCACCGUCCCUGCUACACCCUGGUAUGUCUGGCCUCCUGAACGGUCCCCUGAGCCAGAGCUCACCUCGGAGUUCAAGCCAGGUGAACUCGCCUCCCCAGCAGAAGGACUGGUACAACUGGAACAUGGACACGUGAUCAAGGGGGACCAGGGGAGCCUGCCUCCCCGUGCGCGCAGGGUUCACGACGGCCCUCGGGCCGCCACGGCUGGCCUGGAUGCCUGCCACUGUGUAAAGAGUCAAUAAGCUAUGACAAUUUUUUUCUGGAUGUCUUUCUUCACAUUUGCUGUCCAUUCUCUCAAAAAAGUGUAGAUUAUUUUUAGCGUAGGCAGCUCUUGGGAGGUGACGACAGCUGGUCAGGCAGCACAAGUGGACUGAGCUGUGUUCUCAGGAGGACUGUCUUUCUGCACAUCGUGUACCGAUUGGAGAGCCGUUUUUUGGCUAGACUCUCUGUAUUGUGCGUGUUUGUGUGUGUAUGUGUGUGUGUGUAUGCCAAGCCACACAGAGUACCACAUCCGCCAUGCAGUUUGAAUGUGCACGCACAGUCAUGUUGAACAUGGCAUUUCUGCAACAGGCUUCAACGCUGCACGUGGGUUCAGCAUCCGGUGCACACACACGAACUCAGCGGCUUCGCCAAAGUUCGGAAUGAAAUUCAACAAAUGCAGCCUCUGCUUCCUCCCCUUCCCCCCGCCAUUUUUUUUUUAUGCUGUUACAUUGAGUAACCUAACGCAAGUUGAAUGCAAGUGCACAAGUUAUAUAAUGGGCUUGCAUUCUUUGUUCCGUGUUGGCUCUUCGUCAUUUAUAUUGUUGCACGCCCGUCAUCUGCAUCCGUUUGUCGUAACUAUGAUUGUACAUAAACCAAUUUAAUGCAUCAAACUCGCACCUGUUGUUGACUAAGAAUGUCCUUUGGCACUCCUUUCUCUUAAAUGACUACACUCCCUUCCUCCUGUUGCAGGGUAACGGUUACGGCUGGAGCUCGCUUGCUCAACCUGACCUCUCUGCUUUUCCUUAAAAAGAAAAAAAAAACUAUUGUUACACUUAUUCACAAAUAUAUUAAAUAUGACUGGGGAGGCCUGUCUGGGUACUGGCACACUCCUAUUGCCAAAGGAGUUGGCCAAGACUACUGUUAGUAAAUGCACUGUCGGUUUUUAAUUUUCAAGGUUUGCCUUUAGGGAGUGUUUUAGUAAUCACUACCAUUUUGGCUGUAAUGUUGAUUGCAUUUUAGUAUUUAUAACCUCACAACUUCUUGGCACAGGUGGUACUAAUGUGCAGGGCUGGUGGAACAGAGCAAGCUGCUCAAUAUGGCUGUAGUACCCGUAAAAGCCACAGUGGCAUACUGUUCAAUCAGAUUCGUCAUCCUUUGUUAUGGCAUUUUUGUGUUUUGUCAGAACGAGCCCUUGUUUUGCUGUCAUGUGCCAGUCUUGUAAUGUUCUGGCCAUGAUAGUGAAAAAGUGAAGGCUCACUUGCUGCUGUAGCUGGAUGGAGUUAAGUCAUGGCUAUUGAUGUUUCCAAUUGUGGCCGAUACAAAUGCUUUAAUUUGAUCUUAUUUUUCUUUAAUCAUCGCCGCCGUGGCCGCCUGAUACCGAUGAUAAGAAUGACCCAGUGGUACUCGAGCCAACAGCAGACGACGAACAGAUUCUGAUCAGAAUAGAGCACGAGUAGAAAGCACCGCACAUUCAUGGCUUGGAAUUCUGGGCACUUGUUUUGUAGGUAGCAUGGGCAGAGUGCUUGAAAUUGUUGUUAGCUUCAUUGAAGACGUUGCGAAACAUUAAGUUGAACACAAGUUUGCAUUAACUGUUUCUAUUGUUGCGGCAUUGACAUGCCUUACUUUCAUCUUACUUUUCAUAAAGGGCACUUGCGAUCGUUAGAUGCUUUUAGAAGAAAGGUGCUUUAGUCAGCAGGUAGCUACUGGAUGUCUUUCCCUUUAGGUGCAAUUUGUGCCUCCACAGUUUGCAUUCUUGAUGGGUCCUCGCUUGCCAUUUUGGCUUCAUUGCCGAACUUUUCCCUCCACGAGAAGCAUUCGUUUGGUUCAGAAUCACAUUGAAUGGCUUAGUGUGAAAGGACGGUAAGGAAGAACAGCUAUUGAAUCAAAUAACAUGUGCUAGUUAAUGAGUUUUGACACUACCUGCACCGUCACUUUGCUUGAUUUUGCAGAAUGUGCCACAGAGCAGCACCACGUUAAGCGAUCUGUGUCCUGGAAAAUGAACCGAUCUGCCCUUGACAGAAAUUGAGGUUUUGUUGCGUGAUUCGGAGCAAAACGCCAGUUGUGCCUGCAUGUAAUGCAAGAAUUCAAACCUUGCAUGCAGAAGUGUCAAUGUGUCAGUUCGCUGUGAAAAUGUUAAGUCGUGCACAUACGAAAGUGGCUGUUGAACUGUGCACACAAUUGUAGAGUCUGUGUAUAGUUUGUUCUUGUCACUCUGAUCAUUGCAGCUUUGAUUACGAUUGCAUACAGAGGCAUGCACGCGCUGCGCUACGCGGAGAUUGCUAUCGAGUUGAUUUAGACGGCAUGAUGGUGACAUCAGUUUGACAAGCGUUUUGCCAUCAGCAUAAAUUGAAACACGAAAUAGCUGAUAACAAUGGCUGUUGCGCAUAAUUACGUGGAAGUCCAACGUGUAAUCACUUCAGCCGGUUUCUAAGCAUCAAUUAGUGCCAAGGGUACGUUUUGGGAGUCCAAAUUGAACCAUUGUUAUAGAUGUGAGUGAAACUGGAAACCGAACAACAUGAUGGAGCAGUUUCAGAAUUAUUUGCAUUUGUGCUCAUAGUAUGCACCUCGUACACACUUGCACGGAUUCCUUUUACUCAUUUUUAUUUUCAGGACAAAAAUGAAUUUGAAGUAGAGAAAGCUAUGGCCAUACAUACCUCUGAUUUUUUUUUUUUUAGAUUAUGUGCAGGUAAGGUCAGUGAAAUGUCACAAAUACUGCAGUAUUUUCAUGUAGUAUUCUAGCUGAAUAUGUGCACUGGAUGUUUCCUAUAGUAGUUGCCAUAUUUAACCCUUGCUUACCUUUUAAUGCAAUGUAAGAUUGCUUAUUCUAUAAUAAAAUUAACUGGCCAUAAUUACAUACUUGGAAAAUCUAUUACAGUGCAAAGGAUUAGAGCAGAAAUUGCAAACUUGCAUCGUCUUACACUGCCUCCACUCAUAUGUAUUUUGCACUCUAGAAGGGUAUUAAGGCAAGCUUUAGCUUAUCAGAAUUUAUAUUUAGUGCCUCUUUAAAAGCACGGGUAGCCCUAGCUUUGGACCUUCUACAUAUCCUCAUGGUGCUUAACCAUGCCUAGCUUUUAGUAGUACACCCACACUGACUUUUAACAUGAGGUUGUUUUAUAAGGCGGAGGACUGUUUCUGUUAUUCAUGUAGAAUCCACAAAGAUAUUGUCUAUCUGGGCUCGAAUUGCAGAUUUUAACACACACCUGUUUUUAACUCUCAUGUAUUUAUCCACCAUAAUGGAAGAGGAACAAAACAUCUUUCACGUCUUGUUUAGAAAUUUUCCUUGCUUAUUUAUAAGAACUUGCCAUUAUUUUCACACCCGCAUUACUUCGCACAAUCUUUAUUUUUAGCUUCUCGCAUCAAAUGGUAACGUGCGAGUUCAUCAAUCAAAUCUCAUUCAGUUAAACAGCACUCUUCUUGAGAUCGUGCCUGCAUACCAUAGUGAAAACUUGUCAGGGUUGCUCUGUGAACCAUUCCAAUCUUGUCAUUAUUUCUGUCUUCAUUGCUUUUCCAGAAAAGGGCAAGGACAGGAACAUGAAAAAAGACACACCGUCAUGUUCAUGUUCCUGUCCGCAUCCCUCUUUACGCGCUAGUGCAAUGUCCCCUUCUCCAGAAAAAGCAGAUACUGCUUAGAAAUUGUUCACCAUUGCCACUGUUCACAUCUUUUUGCAUGAAUUACAUGUGUUGAGCAGAUGAGGCAAGGCCCAUGUACAUAUAUGUGACAUUUUACAUUGGCUCUGGGUCGAGUAGAUAUAGGUGUGAUCUGACCUGUCUUCUAUUGCUGUCUUAAAAGGUACUGUUACACUCCUACAUUUAAAGAAAGUGGUCUCUGUUAUGGUGUAAAAACUAAUCUGGAGGGUAAGAUAAUAAGAUAUAUAUAGGAUGUGUGCAAGUAAAACAUAAGAAAUGCAACAAGCACAUUCCAACCUUUGACAAGUCUUAACGGAGCAGCUUUUAAGGUUUUCAAUUAAGCAGUGCUCAAACAAUCAUCUUCCCCUGCAGCUUUGGUAUAGGGGCUGUGCUUUCAUUUGGUCACUUACAGCGAUUCUUUCACUUUUAUGCGAGGAUAUAACAUACUGCUACUAAAUUCCUUGAAUGUGAACAUUCUGUUCACAUUUGAACAGACGGCAUGUCACGGACAGCAGAACACCACUUUGUUGCAUUACCUCUCUAAGAAAGAUGGUUCAAGUGUUUGCCUUCAGACAGCCAGCUAUAAGGUUCAAAGAAAGAUGGUUCAAGCGUUCAUCUUGAGAGAGCGAACUACGAGGUCCUUGGCAGGGGAUUUCCCACCGCACCCUACAACCAUUCCUCGCCCCGUCUCCUAAAAAGCGGCACGUCGGAAGGAAAGUGAUCAGUUGAAAGUACUGCUCCAGUUUAGGCAGUAAGCCAUAAAAUCAUUUACUCUUUUAUUAAUUUUUUUUUUCUGUAUGCCAUUUUCUCAAGUCUCAUUGACUGAAAUUUUAAUUUUCCAUUCAUGUAGCACGAGCACAAUGUUAUAGGUGUUAUUGUGCGGUGAUCUUAAGCUUAUGAUGUGGUGUGGAUGCCAAAAUGAACCUGUGCCGUUGGCUUUGAGCAUUGUAUUACGAAGGAGAUGGCAGCUGAAGGGGUGCAGUAUUCGUGGCUUUACUGCCGGAAGAGCUUGAGAGCUUUGAACGAAACCAGAUCUUUACAUAAGGCAAGCACCCCCCCCCCUCACCCUCCUCCUAAGGCUUACAGAAUCUUCCAUUGCUGGUUAGAGUAGCAUGGCAUUAGCUACUGCUUUCUGCUUGAAAAGCGCAGUAGUGACUGAGAUGGAGAAAUGUUUUUGACAAGUGCCUCCUGUGCAUUGCUGCACAGAAACCAUGUUUCUGCCAAAAUUAGCAGCUUGUCUGUCUUAGAUGUAAUAUAAGGAAAGCAGCCAAGAAAGGAUUAAAAAAAUAAAGCAAGCUCUCAGGUGAAUGUUCUCGAGCAUAUAUUUUUCCCCCACCUGAUCUUGUUGUUCCUGGAGAAUCUACACGCAUGUUUGUUUUUUUCUUAUUGCCAAGUUUUAUCGCUGUAUUAUCGGUGCUACAAGGAUCCCGAACUGGUAUUUGUUCUUUGGGAUUUUUCGCACCCCUCUCUCUCUCUCUUUCUCUUGUUCUCGUGUACCUUUUUGUACAAGCCUUUAGUGUGUCUGAGAGAGAACUGUGUAAAUUUAGCUAGUAAAUACAAAAAGUGUUAUUAUCGCUGUCUAUUGUAGGCAAGAAAAGAACUAUUAGAAGUGUAAAAUGAAAAGGAGAUUGGUGUUUUGGUGCAGUGAGCAUUUUUUUGGCGCAUGAGAAGGGUUAGAGAGAUUGGCCGCAGACUUUUUUUUUUUUGUGUUGGUGCGGCUCUUCUCUGUUUGACAGUGUGCCAUCUAUGACAAGUCUGGAAAUAAAUUUUAUCUGCAGAGA